CCCCACCCCCAAAAUGACGAACAGAGCCAAUCUCAGACCCCAAUCGAAACCAAUUUCAAAGCCAGCACUCAAAUUGCUAUGGAUGAUCAGAAAACGCAAACACCUUUCCCUCUCUUUCCGCCGUUCCUCAAUGCCGGACGGCUGCGCCGCGGUUCUCAACGACCACGAAGACAUCCUCGUCGAAAUCCUCGCAAGACUGCCGGUCAAAACCCUAAUGCGAUUCCGUUGCGUCUGCACGACAUGGCGUUCGCUAAUCGCCGACCCCCAUUUCGUCAAGAAGCACAUGAAAUACGACGCCGAGAGAGGCGUAAACGACGACGACAUGCGGCUGCUGUUCUCCAUGAAGCCGCCCAGCACCAUGGCCUUGGCGGAUUUGAAGGGCUUGAAGGACGCUGGGCAGGAUUUGAAGAGUUUCAGAGAGGACCGUGUCGCAAUCAGAGAGCUGGAGUUUCCGGUUUGUCUUGAUUUCGUUCAACAUUCGGAUAUUGUGAAUUUUGGUAGUUGUAAUGGGAUUAUUUGUGUUCAGUUUCGCAAGGAUUUUGUGUUGUGGAACCCUUGUACUGGAGACCACAAGGUGUUGCCAAAACCGAGUGGUGUUUCGUUCUAUUCGCAGUAUUAUGGAUUUGGUUAUGAUGAAAUCAAUGAUGAUUACAAGGUAGUGAAGGGGUCACAUAAUGAAAUUGGUGUGGAUGGUCCGAUGAAAGCGAUGGUGCAGGUGUUUUCACUCAGGAGAGGUACAUGGAACACAUAUCCUGGCCCGAGGAACAGUUGCAUGAUAGGGAACUAUCCUUGCCAGAUGAACAGUUGCAUGAAAGGGCAGGGGGGUUUUGUGAAUGGAGUGCUGCAUUGGUUGCGGUUUGAGGAGAGAUGUAAGACAGAAAGCAGGGAGAUUAUGCCUUUUAGUUUAGCUGAGGAGAAGUUUCUGGAGGCGAUGUCGCUUCCCUAUGAAUUUGGUGGAAUUUUGAUUUGCCAGAAUCGUCUCUGCGUGCAUAGUGACAGAGCGAUGGUGAGGAUUAUGAUGAUGAAGGAAUAUGGGGUCAAGGAAUCUUGGACUGAAGUGCUGUAUAUUACUUAUCAUACUGUACCUGAGAUAUAUGAUGAGAUAUGUAAGGUGACGCCUCUGUGGAUUCUGGAGAAUGGGGAUGUUUUGGCAUACACGGUACAGCAAGGAGUCUACUUGUCAGUAUAUAAACCAAAGGAUAAGGCAUUUACGAAUGUUAUCAGGCCUGAAGUGAGUUACAUGUUUGAAGCAAUCGCUUACAAAGAAACUUUGGUUUCACCGAUAACUGGCAGUCUCAGAGACAUCUGACAACAUCAUUAUUUGUUGGCGAGCUAGUGCAUUCUUUCUACGAACCUUGGUGGAAUCCCACAGAAGAGUUGAAAGGAGUUGGAUUGGAAUGUCUGUGAACCUUUUGCAAAUUAAGGGCAGCGCGAGAUUGUGCCUAACCAUUUGAGAACUCAAAAUGAGCUUUGAUCUUAACUGAUUUAGUUUUGUG